UUUCCGGCAGUGUGUCAUCGCGUGUGGAAGAUGAGGAGGAAGAUGAAAAUGUCUGAAAGUCACGAGGCGGGAAACGAGAUGCCGAAUAAUAAAAAACAGAAAUUAAGUAGCGAUGAAAACAGCAACCCCGAUCUGUCCGGAGACGAGAAUGAUGAUGCGGUCAGUAUUGAAAGUGGCACCAACACAGAGCGGCCAGAUACCCCGACCAACACCGCUAGUGCCCCGGGCAGGAAGAGCUGGGGUAAAGGCAAAUGGAAGUCCAAGAAAUGUAAAUAUUCGUUCAAGUGUGUCAACAGUCUGAGGGAGGAUCAUGGGCAGCCGUUAUUCGGUGUGCAGUUUAACUGGCACAGUAAAGAAGGAGAUCCGCUGGUGUUUGCGACCGUCGGCAGCAACAGAGUCACAUUAUACGAGUGUCAUUCUCAGGGAGAGAUUCGGCUCCUGCAGUCAUAUGUAGAUGCAGAUGCGGAUGAGAACUUUUACACUUGUGCUUGGACAUUUGACAUGAGCACUAGUCACCCGUUGCUCGCUGUGGCCGGUUCGCGCGGCAUCAUUCGGAUCAUCAACCACAUCACCAUGCAGUGUGUCAAACAUUAUGUCGGCCACGGCAACGCCAUCAAUGAACUCAAAUUUCAUCCAAGGGAUCCAAACCUUUUGCUGUCAGUCAGUAAAGAUCACGCGCUGCGUCUAUGGAACAUUCAGACUGAUACGCUGGUGGCCAUAUUCGGAGGUGUUGAAGGUCAUCGCGACGAGGUCUUGAGUGCUGAUUUUGACCUGCUGGGUGAGAAGAUCAUGUCGUGUGGGAUGGACCACUCGCUGAAGCUGUGGAGAAUCAACUCCGAGAGGAUGCAGAAAGCCAUCCGUGGAUCAUACGAGUAUAACCCGAGCAAAACCAACCGGCCUUUUGUGUCUCAGAAGAUACACUUUCCAGACUUUUCCACACGAGACAUUCACAGGAACUAUGUGGACUGUGUCCGCUGGCUUGGAGAUUUGAUUCUCUCAAAGUCGUGUGAAAAUGCCAUAGUGUGCUGGAAACCUGGGAAAAUGGAAGACGAUAUUGACCACAUUAAGCCAAAUGAGUCGAAUGUGACGAUUCUCGGCCGCUUUGAUUACAGCCAGUGUGAUAUUUGGUACAUGCGAUUCUCCAUGGAUUUCUGGCAAAAGAUGCUCGCUCUGGGAAAUCAAGUCGGAAAGCUCUACGUUUGGGACCUAGAAGUAGAAGAUCCUCAUAAAGCCAAGUGUACCACACUUACUCUUCCUAAAUGCACAUCGGCCAUCAGACAGACGAGUUUCAGUCGAGACAGCAGUAUUCUCAUCGCAGUGUGUGAUGAUGCGUCUAUCUGGCGCUGGGACAGACUGCGCUGAUUAAUUAACUGUGUAAUUAGUGAAAUAAUUAAUCAGGUUCUGUUGUCUUUUUGGCUUUUGAGGUUGCUUGGCUCAAACUUAUCUUGACUGCUUUUAUUGUCUCUUUUUUGGGAGGGAGGGUUACUGUUUAUUGUCUGACUUUAAUAAAGUCUAUUUUUAUAACCUA